AUGGCUUCCGAUACUCGAGGCCCCCAAGUGGCUGCGGUUACGUAUAUAUUUUUGAUCAUGUCUACUAUCGCUACGCUGCUCCGAGUAUACUGCCGUGGUCGGGUGAUCAAGGCAUUCGCCAUGGAUGAUUGGCUCGCUGUUCUUGCCCAGCUCUUCUUCAUCAUCUUCUGCGCCUAUGAAAUACAAGGUUUUAUUUAUGGCACGGGGCAGCAUAAUAGCAACCUUUCUAUGGAAAACCGCCUCAAGGCUAUGCAGAUGUGGUGGACCUGCGAACCUCUUUACGUCCUGUGCAAUAUGUCCAUCAAAGCCAGUAUUGCCAUCUUUUUGCUACGGAUCUGUGUCUCCAAGGCCCACAAAAUUGUUAUUUGGACAGCCAUUGGCAUUACUGAGCUUUAUAGUUUUGCCUUUUUUAUGCUUUUCGUCCUGCAAUGCCGUCCCACCUCUUUGUUUUGGCUCCGAUAUUCCAGCGCUCCUCCCUCAGGAACUUGCCUGGACCCCUCAGUCGUUGCCAAUGCUUUUUAUGGUUACUCUGCUAUUAGCUGUGCAACCGACUGGACAUACAGUAUCCUGCCAAUUUUCCUUGUAUGGUCGUUGCAGAUGGAUAGAAAGGUCAAGAUCUCGGUUGCUGCAAUUUUAGCUGCCGGUGUCAUUGCCUCGAGUGCGACUAUCGUACGAUUUCCGUAUCUACACUUUUUGACCGACACCGAUGACUUCCUUUACUCGACUUCGGAUAUCGCCAUGUGGUCCACUAUUGAGACUGGUCUCGGUAUUACUGCUGCAGGAGUGGCAACUCUCCGCCCGCUUCUCAAGACCUUCUUCGGUGGCUCAUCCGCGCCUGGGCACGGCACCUCGGCCCGUCAGUGGCACAGAACCGGAAGUGGCCACCCCGGCGGCGAGGACGGCUUUGAUAUGCACGACCGCGGCAACAAGGACUUGGGAGUCACCACCGUCGUCGACUAUGGUCGCGCUCGCGCCAAGCAGGAUAUUGAGAGUCAGAAGAUGAAGGGCGACAAUAAGUCCAAUACGUCAGACCCCUGGGAUGAUAGCUGUAAUAGCAGCCAAACAAACCUCACCAUGAGCCCUGAGCAGGGCGGCAACGGAUGGAACAUCACUGUCAAGAAGUCAAUCGUCCAGGUCAGUGAUGAUGCUUAA